ACAAGAAGAACCGGAAGUAAACGUUGCAUGGUCGCUACUAGCUCAUGUCGUAACACUUUAGUUGGACUUUUUAAGCAGUUAAAAAUGAACAAACCACAGGAGUUUGAUUCGUAUGAACUCGAGGAGCCCAGCGAUGAAGAGAGAGCUGAGAGCAGUUCGGAGGACGAGUUGGAGGUGCUGCUCAACGGGACGCCGGAGCAGAAGAAGAAGCUGAUCAGAGAAUAUCUGACGGGGGAGAGCGAGUCGUCGAGCGAGGAUGAGUUCGAGAAAGAGAUGGAGGCCGAGCUCAGCACCACCAUCAAGACCUUGGAGGGAACAUGGACCCCAGCAACAGCAGCUCCAGCAGCAGCAGCAGCAGCAGGAGAACCAGGAGCAGCUGUUGUUGUUGCUCCUGGACUUCCUAACCCUACGGUGUACGAUGAGGUUUACUUCGACUCAGACUCAGAGGGAGAGGAUAUGCAGAGUAGCUCCACUGGGCGGAGGAGGAAACAGCGAUCCAUCCUGACCAAUGACGAGCUGCUGUACGACCCCGAGGAGGACGACAGGGACCAGGCCUGGGUGGACGCCAGGAGGACACAGUACACCGGCAGGAAGCGAGCGUCUGCAGCCUCUCGGUCGCAGGCUCGUCGAGGUCCAGGAGCAACGAGCAGCGACGCCGUCCUCAACUGUCCCGCCUGCAUGACUACGCUCUGCCUGGACUGUCAGAGGCACGAUAAGUACCAGACGCAGUACCGCGCCAUGUUCGUAAUGAACUGCAUCGUGAAGAGAGACGAGGUGUUGCGCUACAAAAUCCAGCAGGACCUGAAGCGCAGGAAGAGGAAGAGGAGGAGGGGACAGAGAGCAGAAACAGAAAGCAUAGCUGACGAGACUCCGGAGCCUCAACCCGCGGGGAUGAACUCUGAGGAGGUCUACCACCCCGUCUGGUGCACAGAAUGCUCCACAGAAGUCGCCGUUUUCGAUAAAGACGAGGUCUACCACUUCUUCAACAUCCUGGCCAGCCACUGCUGAGACACACCGGCAGGGAGGUUUUUAUUUCAGAGGGUUUGUCCGUGACUUUUCACCUCACUGCAGCUUUUUUAGCUACAGGAUUGAAGAAGAAGGAGGAGGAGGAGGAGGAGGACUGAUGAUUUCUGGCUGAGAGGGCAGAAUCAAAUUCGAUGUAGACACUCUGAGUUGAUAUCAUCGUUGGUUUAGUGAACCUGCUUGAAGAGACGGAAACAAUCUGAAAAGCUUGGGAAUGUCAUCGAUGUGUGACCUUUUUAAAUAUCUCACAGAAACUGGAAUUUUGCAGCUCCUACGAUCAGUACUGGACCGCAUAAAUAAAACCCAUAUUUAAGGCAGAAGCGUCUAUUAUUACUUGUGAUAUAUUGAUUGAUACUCAAUUUGUUUUAACACCACACUCAACCCUUUUUGAUAUGGCUCGGUAACUUGGCUAUUUGGCAUUCAUAAUCAGUAUAUACAUAAUAAAUACAUGAGGACGGACACUCCAGUUGUAAUCAUUUAAAUAUGUCUUCAGAGGAGAAUUUAUAAUUGUUGACAAACUGUCGCUUAAUAAACACUUAAGAAUGUCCUACACACUACAUUAUGGGAUGUUAUGUACGACAGGUGUUUGUACUGCUUAUGAAUGGCAAAAAGAGGGGCUUAAAGUGCGUUGCCUAGAAACCAUAUAUUUUUUUAAAGAAUUGUGAACGUGUACUGAGAGGGAUAUUCUUUGCUUCCUAAUAAACCUGCAAGUGCAUUCUGUUUAA